CUCCACGAUAUUACUCAAUAAUAUCCAACAAUGAAAGAAUAAUGCUUUUAGUUUUAUUUUUUCAAACUCUUUUACCUUAUUCAUAACGAUGUAUGCAUUCUACGCUCUGUAUCUUGCUAUUUUUGCCAUUUUCGCUUCAAUAGUCUACCUGAUCUGUGGAAGAAUUAUAGCAAGACUUCUCGAAUGGCUUGUAAAGCGGUUGUUUAAGGUUGAUAUACAAGUGGGAAGAGCUCAAUUCUUGGCACUUGGUAACAUAAAGAUCACAACGGCAGGUGUUAAAAUUGACAUUGAAAACAUAGUACUGCAGACCAAAUGGAGUUUCCUUGGAUCAAGACGACUUUUAAUGUUGUGUUUUGGACACAUCACUGUAUCGGCUGCCAAGAAUGUAGUAAACGAGGAUCGUUCUCUGGACACAAAUCAACAAGGCCGACUCCAGUCAGGUGGAGAUUCCAAGAAAAGUCAAAGAUUAGCUGGUAUUGUGAAAUUCAUUUCAAAGUAUAUGGGAGUUUAUAUUCACUCUCUUGAUGUCAUUGCCACUAAUCAGCCAAGACCAACAUUUAAUAUUGUUGUACAAGUGAUAAAUGGCAUGAAAAUCUUAUGCCAGCCAAAUGAGAGUUUUCUAAGUUAUUCUGUGAAGGCUACAAAAUGUGUAUCAAAGUUACAUCAAACGAAAGAGUUUGAAACAGAUUAUUUUCAAGAUUUAACCCUUGCGGAGGUUUCCCUCAAUAUUUUCAUCGAGGGCACGUUGAAUUCAGUUGCAACGACUGGAGUCUUGGAAGAUUUAAGUAUAAAAGUGAGCCCUAUAAGAAUCUCCAUCGGAGACAAUUUCAUUAAAAAUUUUCAGAAACUGCGGGGGACAAGUUUCAAGACUCGUUCUUCAACAGCGGCAGAGGGAGAAACCAAAUCAACGAGUUCCUCGUUAUCAAAAUAUCUGCCAAAGAACUUUGAUGUGGCGAUUGCUGAAUCAGAUGUGUUCAUAUGCGAUGAAGACCAAAGGGAGCUGUCAGUUCACAUCGAUAAUCUAACGUACAGAGCCUCGCUUGCGGAAACACCGUCAUCUCCGGAUUCCAACUCCAUGGUCAGACCAAUGGAUCUCUUAAUAAACGGUUUAAAAGUCAAAGCAAGAGGUUCGAAAAAUCUUGUGUCGUUUAGGAAAUUCAUGUUGGCUAUCAAGACUCAAGAAUCCGAGUCGUCUUUGCCAAGUAUUUGGUCCAAAGUGUAUCUGGCUUCCUGUCAAUGCAAUUAUAUUCAUGAUGAGGUCUCCCACUGGGCGACAUUUUUAUUUCUUGAGGAACGAGACACUACAGUUGUUAAAAAGAGAAGUUUGCCAGAGACAGUAAUCAAUCUUACGAAGAAAUAUAGUUUUGAAAAUAACUUUGAAAUCGAUGAUAUGACAAUGUACCUUGAUACAAAUAAAAACUCAAAACUUGGGCAAGAUAAACACGUCUGUAAAGCUGUCCUUGCAUCGCUGGUUACCAACGUUGAAGUCCCUUCGCAAGAAACGGAGAAAGAAACAAAGACAGUGAAUUGCUCGGCCAGACUGGAGAAUGCUUAUGUUUAUUUCAAUGUUACUGAUGCUGAAAAUACGAAUGUUGGAAUACUUCUUGAGGACAGUUCUUCUGUCUUGCCAAACAGUAGAAAACAUUUGUGGGGACGAGUGUUGGAGCUUGGCAGUUCUAGCAUUAAGUGUGACGUCGAGUUAGAAAGCUCAACGCGACCACAAAACGCAGCCUUAAAAUGUGAUGCUUCAUCGUUUGUUCUGGAGUACUCCCAACACACGAAGAAUUGUCUCAAGGCUUUGCUAAAAACCGGAGAGUUUUACAAACGUUUUAAGAAAGAAAAAGCGGAAAGCUUAAAAGAAGAAAACUCUUACAAUUCGUUCUUUCAGGAAUGCGAUGUCACAGUUCACGAUAUCAAUAUAUUCUGUGUUGGAAAAUGUGAAGAUGGUAUUGACUCGGUUCUCGCCCGAGUGGACGUGGUAUCUGUGAACAAAGAGAAAGAUGAUGUGCAAAUCAGGACACAUGGAUGUAAAGUUGCUAGACUUGGCGAAGUAGGAAAGGAAGCGUUGCUUUGUGCAAAAUCAACUGAACUCAACCAUACCAUAAUGUCGCUCACCUCAGCUGUAACAAGUCUUACGAGCAAGGGAGCCACUGUGUCACUUCCUAAAAUCCAAGUGGAUUGGGAUACGGCUUCACACAUGGCCCUACACGAUAGGAUAUCGGGGAUUAUUGAGGAUAGCAAGGAAUUGAAAGUCCUUCUAGCUGGUACGACAGACGAUGCAGGUGUUAAUGAAAAACGCGGGGAAUUUUUGUCUAAUGUUCAACUUGAAAUCACAACGGAAGAUGUUGCCAUUGAAAUGAAGACGUCCUCCGUGAACAGUUUUGGUGUCCAGUUCUCCGGAGUUAUAAAACUGGAUGAUGGAUGGUUAUCAGCUGAAUCGCCAAACAUCGAUAUUUUGUUUGAUGCAAGAAGAAUAUUCCAGUUAAAGGUCAGUACCGCAUCACAUGAAGCUUAUUUCUUAAGUUUAACUUGA